AUGCAUCUCUUCACUUUCCCUUUUACUAUCCUCCUUCACUCCCUCGUCUUUCUCCCCUCGACACAGGCAUGGGGCUCCCUCGGCCACCGCACCGUGGCCUACCUCGCAUCUCUCUACUUCACACCGCAAUCCACCACGUUCACCAACCAGCUCCUCAACGGCCAGGACAUUUCUGAAGCGGCCCUCUUCCCCGACAAAGUCCGCCACAUGCCUUCUUUCGCCUACACGGCCGGCUGGCACUACAUAGACGCGCAGGACGACCCUCCGCGCCAGUGCGGGAUCAACAUCACGCGCGACUGUCUGCCCAAGGAUGGCGGAUGCGUCGUGAGCGCCAUCGCGAACCACACGUCCCGCGUCGCCGAUGCCACCCUCUCACGCUUCUACCGCGGGCAGUCGUUGCGCUUCAUGAUGCAUUUCUUCGGCGACGUCCACCAGCCUCUACACACCGAGAACCGGUCUCGAGGCGGCAACGACAUUCCUGUCUCCUUCGACCACCACGCCACCAACCUCCAUAGUGUAUGGGAUACUUUUAUCCCCAACAAGCACGCUGGGCCAGAUACGCGCGACCACGACGACGAACUCCUCGCCGCGUUCCGCUGGGCACAACGCCUGUUCGCCCAAUCCCAAUCCGAACCCCACGACACCCACUCAUCCCCGACCGCCGUGACCAACAACGUCGACGAUGAAUGUCUCUCUGACGCCACGGACUGCGGCUUAUUGUGGGCCUCGGAGGCAAACGCCUAUGUAUGUUCCUACGUCCUGGCGCACGACGUACUGCACAAGGACCUCGGCGGGACGUACUACGAAGGCGCCGUGCCCAUCGUAGACGAAUUGAUAGGCAAAGCGGGCCGAAGACUAGCUGCGUGGAUCAACGCCAUUACAAGUACCUCUGGAAUGGACCUAGGAGAGUCUACGUUGACGACGACCGACGUCGACAUGUCCGCCGCGGGUGAGGAUGGGGAUGAGGGCAUGGUGGAUCUACCACAACAACACCACAUAUUGGUCCUUCAGCCGGGAGAGUGA